AUGGGAGGGAAGAAGAAGAUCAAAAACCGUCGAAAACCUCCCGCAAGGUUACGGGGCAGAGAGAAGACAGUCUCUGCAUCAACAGAUUGCGGCUGGCGAACAUUGAACUGUGUGAAGGACUUGAUUAAAGAACAUUAUAGGAAGGUCUACACGACAUUAGAGACUUUGUGCAUCUCUGUUUGUGCAGGUGUGACCACAUCGUGGGAGGCUAAAUCCAGUCUGAGUUCGCUUGUUGAAGCAAACAGCGCGUUUGCCCUGGGCCUGUUCAGGCGACUGUGCGACAGCACGGACGGGAACAUCGUCUUCUCUCCCCUCAGUAUCUCCGCUGCCAUGGCUAUGACGUACAUAGGAGCCAGGGGAAACACAAGGUACCAGAUGGAGAGGAUUCUGAGGUUUCACUACUUCCAAAACGAGGACGACUUGCACUCCACCUUCUCUGCCAUCGAAGACGUCAUUUCCACUUCCGGUAGGGAGGCGGACUACACGUUCGUGCAAGCCAACAGACUUUUCGGGCAAGCGGGAAUGAGUUUCCGCCAUGAUUUCCUGAUGGACAGUUCCCGACACUACCACUCGUCCCUCGCCACUGUGGAGUUCUCAGACGAGGAGAUGGCCAGACUCGCCAUCAACUCAUGGGUGGCCGGGAGGACUGGGGGGAAGGUCAAGGGUGUCAUUCCCCAGGGCCUACUAAAGCCGCUGACCAAGCUGGUACUGGUGAACGCCGUGUACUUCGCGGGAAAGUGGAGAACGGAGUUUGACCCCCAGCUCAUCAACAUGGCGGACUUCUUCAUCGGUCCCGAACGUGCCGUCAAGGUUCCCAUCAUGCAACUGAGCGGCGAGUUUAACGUGACUGAGGAUCCCAGUCUGGACUGUGCAGUGGUGGAGCUACCGUACUCUGGGAACGAGAUCGUGAUGGACAUCGUCCUGCCCAAUCAGAGGAACGGAUUGGAGCGUCUGCAGGGUCAGCUGACCAGACGGGUGCUAAACAGGAUCUUCCGCAGAUACUUGCCACUAGAGGGCUCAGUUUUGCUGCCUAAGUUCCACCUGACUGAGGAGUUCAGUCUGAAGGCCCAACUCACGGGUAUGGGGAUGGACGAAUCUGUUCUCGGAGGAACCGCGCCGACCUGUCGGGUCAGUGAAGAAGGGACAGAUGGCGCUGCUGCACCAGCCGCUGCAAUAACGGACCGGAGUCGGCGCGGAUUUGAAUUCAGAGCGGACCACCCCUUCCUGUUCCUCAUCCGGGACAAGAGAACGGGGUCCGUCUUGUUCCUCGGACGUCUUGUCGACCCCAGAAAUUAAGAUCCGUGCCCUUGUGUCAUCUCUUUAAUAACGCCGCCUUGCAAGGACUGUAUAUCAAGGAACUAUCGCGAGAAAACACGAGACGAGAACCAGGUGGAUCAGUGGCCAGUCUGUGUAUCUAUUAUUUGCUAUAAAUUGCAACUUUCUGUUGAAGAUUGGGUUCGCAAAAAAAAUAAUAAAAAAAUUACAUUUCAAAUGUGGUGGCCAUUUUUAAUUUUGUAGGGGACCAUGCACCAAAACGAGGCUGCAUUUGGUGAUCCAAUUUCUUAUCUAUAAGCCAAAAUUGGAUUGUAGGAAUACCAUAUUUGGUGAAAAGUUUUGCCUCUCUGAGUUUAAACACUGUUGGACAUGUUCGCGUCUCUAAAUCGCGCGUGACUUGUAAAGGAUCAUGAUGGUUGUGGAGAUUUGGGCUCGAUAUUGUCUAGCGUCUCGGGAACGUGGGACGAAAUUUCGCGAGAAAACACGAGACUUUGAUUGGACAACCUUUUACUGAUAAUAAGCUGAUAUUAUGUUAUGUUUGUCAAUAGUUUUUUAUAUCGACUGUAAUUAAACUUAUUUAAAUCAUUGAAAGAAUGUUCACCAUGAACAAUGUUUGUGACAAUGUUCCAUUUUGCUUUGUAAAUUUGCUUGGUAUCUUUCUAAAAUAAUCUUUCUAAAAUACCAAGACAGUAUAAAAGAGCAUGAGGCAGCUAGCUAGUUUAGAUUUGUAUUGCGAUGAUUACAAGGUGGUGUCACUGGAAUAGACAAAAUAACAAGAAAGUUUUGGGUAGAAAACGAGCAAAAACAGUGUUAGCUUGUCGAUGAUAUGUAUGAUAGUCAUAGUAAGGCAAAGGCUACAGCGCUGUAUCAAUUGCCUUGUAGAAGUAUGUCAAUAUGAUAUGAUAUAAUGUUACAAAUGUGGUGUGACUCCUAUGUGCUGGAUCUAGCCACCUUGAACCUUUUUAAACAACAUAACAAUA